AUGGUUCGGGGAGCAUUGAUUGGUCUCAUCCACCACCAGUAUCUUCAUUUGCCCAAUGAGAAAUCUCGAGACUCACCCGCAUUGGCACUGAUUACCUCGGAUAUUGAUAGCAUCGAAUCUGUGGGAGAGACUUUUCACGAGACUUGGGCCCGCCUCGUCGAGGUAGCUAUAGGAACAGUGCUUCUAGCUGCUCAAAUCCAAUGGUUUGCAUUUCUACCCUUCGUAAUAAUCUUCGGUUGUUCGCGGAUGAGUGCGUAUGUGGCAAAGCACUUGGAGGAUCGGCAAAAAGGCUGGAAUGCGGCAACACAGAGCCGUCUUGCCGCGACAACAGCAGCUUUGAAAGGAAUCAAGAGCUUGAAGAUGAUGGGGAUGGAAGACGCCAUUCAGUCUCAGGUUUUGCAUCUGCGAAACAAUGAGGUACAAAUGUCAAAGCGCCUACGAUGGAUUCUGGUCGCCUAUAACGCAAGUGCAAAUGCACUUGGGAUCCUCGCCCCAGUCUUGACUCUCAUCCUUUUCCUCUUGUUCUCUCAAAGCAAUAAAAUGCAUGCCGAUCAAACAUUUACGGCUCUAGCUCUGCUAGCCAUGGUGACACACCCAGCCAAUAUGGUCAUGACUCUGAUUCCGCAGGCAAUUUCUGUUAUGGCGAACUUUGAUCGUAUCCAGGCUUUUAUUAGCCAAGCUUCCAUUCAGGACAAGCGAAAUGUCUCCCAGGAAGCCAGUCAUCAACAAUUUGUUUCAAUGCAAGCGCUAACGGUAGCACAUCCUCCAAUAUACUAUCCAAUACUCCGUGAAGUUGAUUUGGCAAUCACUAGAGGGGAAAUUGUCGCUUGCACUGGUGCCGUUGGAAGUGGUAAGACAACGUUGGCAAUGGCUAUUCUCGGAGAAGUUACCGCUACCACAGGCUCGAUCUCGUUAUACUCUAAGGAAAUUGCAUAUUGCGCUCAAGAGCCGUGGCUGCCUAGCGUCACUAUCCGGGAAGCUAUAUCAGAAAAUAUCAUUGCCCUAGAUAUGGAGUGGUAUGGCACUGUUAUCGAAGCCUGCGGCUUGGUCCCAGACUUCGAUUCUUUUGUCGCUGGUGACAUGACACUGAUAGAGAACAAUGGAAUCAAUCUCUCUGGGGGACAAAAACAUCGUAUAGCUUUGGCACGAGCAGUGUACUCGAAGUUUAGAAUGAUUGUCCUAGAUGAUCCGUUUAGUGCUCUUGAUGAAGCUGUCACAGGCCACAUCGUGCAAAGACUAUUAGGCCCACGAGGUCUGUUUCGGAAAAUGGGGAGUACAGUGCUUUUGAUCAGCAACUCUAGAGAAAUAUUUUCAAUCUCAGAUCGAGUGUUUCUCCUUCAUGGGUCAAGGCUCGAUCACAAAAUGAACCUUGAUGAUCGGAACGCUGCUGUAGGAGUUCCUUCUUUGCCUUCAAACAUUUCCCAUGACCUCAAUGCAUCAAAGAAGUCUGGAAGUCUUGGAAAGAGUCGCAAACUGCAUUUAAGCGAUGCUGAAGAGGAUACAUCCCGGAGGACUGGCGAUGUUGCAAUAUAUGGGUAUUACAUUAGAGCAGUCGGGUGGUCAAACACUCUUCUUUUGAUUAGCUGUACAGCUGGUUUCUCAUUUUGUUCCACAUUUUCUCAGUAUAUUCUGAAAUGGGCGAUAGAAUCACCCUCGGAAAGAUUGAAAUUUUAUAUGUCUCUCUAUGCCGCAAUAUCGUUCAUCGGAUGGGCGGCAACUAGUGGGACUGUGUGGGCCACUCAGAUGAAAGUUGCUGUCAGGUCAGGAACCUUUUUGCACGCACAACUGCUUGAUCGAAUGCUUAGGGCGCCUCUGUCAUACUUCAGUAAAACUGAUAUCGGUAGCAUUGUAAACAGGUUUGGGCAGGACAUCAAUCUCGUGGAUAAGCAGCUUCCUCCAACGUUGGCAAAUCUAAAUACCCUGCUACUAUUGAAGGUCCGACCAAUGAUGACCCUCACCGUGCCUGUCUGCGCCAUAUGCGUUUAUUUCAUCCAACGGAUUUAUCUUCGGACUUCUCGACAGCUACGCUUCCUUGAACUUGAGUCGAAAUCAUCAUUAUUCACAAACUUCCUGGACACGGCAAAUGGAAUUGUUACAAUUCGAGCGUUUGGAUGGAAAGAGAAAUAUGAGAACCAGAAUUCAAUAGCCUUGGAUCUGUCUCAAAAGCCUUUCUACCUGCUUCUUUGCCUACAGUGUUGGCUGAAGAUGAUUUUGGAUUGUAUUAUCACGGGGUUUGCAGUUGUCCUAAUUGCGUUCACCAUAUUUUAUCGAAACAAGACAGCCGGUGCCGAUAUUGGUUUGGCUCUGAACUUGAUAAUUGUCGCAAACACCACGCUACUAAGGCUUGUACAGUCCUGGACGUCCCUUGAGACUUCUUUGGGGGCGAUUGCUCGGUUGAAAAACAUACAAGUCUGUCUGCCAACUGAAGCCAGCGCUGAGCAUACACUGGAUCCUGGCUUGCGAUGGCCCUCUUUGGGAAAUCUGCAGGUCAACAAUAUUGCGGUCGGUUAUUCCAAGUCCUCGCCACUUGCCCUGCACAAUGUGUCUCUCACAGUAAAGCCUGGACAAAAGAUGGUUGUUGUGGGUCGAACAGGGAGUGGUAAGAGUACAUUGAUGCUUUCGUUGCUACAACUACUCAGGCCCAGUCAGGGUCUUGUAUUAAUUGACGGCAUCGAAGUCACGCAUGUAUCCCCGAAAACGGUACGAAAACGCGCGUUUAUUGCAUUGCCACAAGAUGGGUUGACAAUUUCAACGGCCAGUCUACGCUUUAAUUUAGAUCCUUACCAUACGAGCUCAGAACAAGAAAUAUCUCUGAGUCUCCAAAGAACAGGACUUUGGGAUAAGAUCCAUUCAAUAGCAGGUUCAACCGAGGAGACAGGCAGGAGUCUCCAAAUCCGAAGCCUGCUUGAUCUUCCUAUGUCAUCAUUUCUGUCAUUUUCGGCUGGACAACUUCAAUUAUUUGCCUUGAGUCGAACACUGCUACGAGUGUGGUCGUCCGCACCACACAAGCCGGUUGUUAUCUUGGAUGAAGUCAGCUCUUCGUUGGACUCAGACACUGAGUCUAUUCUGGUUGAUAUUCUUCAAAAUGAUCUCCGAGACUACACUGUUGUGAUUAUUGCACAUCGCGUUGCUGGUAUCAUGCGUGCUAUGAGACCUGGGUUUGAUGUAAUUGCCACCAUGCAAGAUGGCAGGCUGCAAAAUGUUUCUAUUAUCGAUAGCCCUACUUGA